CCAUCUGAUAAAACUUUCCCCAUGCGGUUUCAGGAACAACCAUUCCUCCGUCCAGUAUCAUCAGCAGAUAUCAGCUUUCCCUUCUUCGGUUUUAAAUUUUGAAACCAAUGAUGCUAAAAUGGCGGGGAAGAUGUUUGGUCGAUCGUCGGGGUCUGUCAACGCUCCAAUAGCUGCCUUCUCCAUGGCCCUCAUCCUCACCUCCUACUGCAUCAGUUCCAUCCGCACUGCGCGUCGUGAAGCGCAAAGUCCGACUACAGCUAUGCGUCAGAAAUCACCAUCAGACAAGGCAGGACAAGAAUCAUGGGUUCAGCAGGCUCUAAAUGAAAGUCGAGAGGCUGAACGGAAGAAAGAAUCCAAGUAACAAGCGUCGUACAAUGUACAUCUCAGCAAUCGGCCCGGUGGUGGACGUCAUAUUACAUGCUGAAGGGGUAGGUCUGCUGCAAGUGAAUCGGUUCUUCUCAUUAUCUUUGCUAACUAAGCUAUCUUAUGAUUGGCUAGGUAAUGCUGUGGAAUACUAGUUUAGAAGUUAGCAGAUGUAAAAGACAGGUGCUAAAGGUAGAAUUUGCUGUAGUAUCCAUGAUCAGAAUUUUCAGUGUAUGAAAUAGUCCUCUCCAGUGUUGACUGGAUCUACCAUUUAAAAUAAGUUUCAUCAUAUCAACGGAUAACAUUGAACUGCUUGAAUUCCUCCUGGACAUUAUAGAGGACAAAGAGAGUUGGGUAUACAAGAUUCAACAUUACCUGAAACGUAUUCUGGUUGUUCAAAAGUAGGAAGAAGUCUGGGUCUGUGAGAGAGGCGGAAGGUUAA